AUGGAUCAUGUCAAACCAGUCUCCGAACAUGAAGUUAACGUCAUGUCCAGCGAAAUUGCCAACAUUCCCGGCUACGAUCCAAGUAUACAACCAGAAGCCGGCGAGACUAGGAAGGCAUUAUUGAAGGUGGACCUAUUGAUCUUGCCUUUUAUUGUUGUCUGCUUCUGCUUCCUUCAAUUCGACCGUACAAACAUCGGGAACGCCUUGACCGACUCGCUUCGAAAUGAUAUCCAUGUCGACAACACCGCCAUCAACCUAGCUCAGACUCUGUUCACCGUGGGCUUCGUCAUUACCGAGUUGCCAUUCAAUAUGAUAAGCAGGUACAUGGGCCCUGAGCGAUUUCUGCCUAUCACCAUGUUUCUCUGGGGAGUUGCGACCUGGUCACAGAUUUUCAUCAAGAAUGCCUCCGGGCUCCAGGCGGCUCGAUUCUUCAUCGGCGCGCUGGAAGGUGGAUAUAUCCCUGGUUUUGCCUUGUACAUCUCAAAAUACUAUACAAACCAGGAGUUAGCCUUGCGAUACGCCAUAUUCUGGGCAUCGAACAACUUCGCCGGGAUCCUUGGAGGCCCGCUUGCCAUAGGGCUUCUUUCUCUCGGAGGACGACAUGGCCUGAAAGGAUGGCAGUGGCUGUUCCUCAUCGAGGGCAUACUAACAUCCUUCCUCGGAAUAAUCGCCUACAUCUAUCUCCCCCACAGCGCCGCAACCCCGAAAUCAUUCUUCGGCAAAUCACUCAACAUGUUCACGCCCCGAGAGGCGUCGAUUCUCACCACCCGAGUCAUCAACAACGACCCCACCAAAGCCUACCGGCGGAAAAAGCGCGUCUCAGUCUCCGACAUCCUCGAAACGUCCCAGGACUGGCGAGUGUACGGCCACAUCGUUGCUGCAUUUCUGUCCAUGCUCAUGAUCUCGCCGAUGAAUACAUACGCGCCGUCCAUUAUCAAGAGCCUUGGAUUUACGAGCUUGCAAGCUAAUGGACUUAACUCGGUUGGUAGUGCAUGCGGUCUGCUCCUGUCUAUUUCGCUGGCGUUUAGCAGCGAUAGGUUCCAGGAACGAGGGGUUCAUAUUGCUGUUGGGUAUUUGUGGGGAGCGGCGGGGUUGUUAUGGUUGGCACUCACUCCUGAGGCGAGUGGUAGGUGGAUUCUAUACGGUGGCGUUGUAUGGACUCAGAUGGGCAUGGGCUGUGCGCAGGCAAUCAGCGCAGCCUGGUUAACGGCGAAGAUGCAAGAUCAUAAACGGCCUGUCGCUCUGGCAGCGUAUGUGAUGAGUAUCCAGCUUGCUAAUUUCCCUGGGAACCAGCUGUUCCGGUCACAGGAUGCUCCUCGGUACACCCGAGGGCUGGUUAUUGCCGCUUCCUGUACUAUAGCAGCGGCGGUUGUUAUUCUGGUUUGGAAGUUGUUGUACCGUUUAUAUGACCAUGGGGAUCGUGGUGUUGAGGUUAAAUAUGGAAUCGAGGAAGCGAAGGAGACAAGAUCAGAGGAGAGCGAAAAGGAAGUAUAA